GGGGCUCCGGGGCCCCCGAGCCCCGCCCCGCUCCCCGCCUCUGCCGGGUCUGGGUCCGGAGCCGAGCGCGCAGAGCCCACCGAGGCCGCCACGCCGAGGCUGCUGAGGUCCGCGGGGCCGCAGGAUCCGAGGUGUCUGCUCGCUGCUCCGCCCGUUCCCGGCCAGCUGUGCAGGCGGCUGGACCAGCAGCAGCAGCAGCAGCAGCGAGGACUCGAGCGCGGGCGGCAGCGGCGACACCAUGGAUCUGUCCUUUAUGGCCGCGCAGCUGCCCAUGAUGGGAGGCGCCUUCAUGGACUCGCCCAACGAAGACUUCAGCACGGAGUACUCCCUCUUUAACUCCUCCACCAACGUCCACGCGGCCUCCAGUGGCCAGGGCCAGCCGGAGGAGUCUCCGCGGUCCUCCAACGACGCAGUCCUGCUCUGGAUUGCCAUCAUAGCGACCCUGGGGAACAUUGUGGUGGUUGGGGUGGUGUACGCCUUCACCUUCUGAGGUUCGGGGCACCCACCAGCUCCGAGCCGGCUCAGCGCGUGCUGGGCUCACAGCAGGGCCAGGCUUUGCUGGGGACACUGGUGCUGUUGGCCUUUGGCUGGUCCCACCUUCUGGAACCAGGAGUUCUGACCACGCGCAUGGCCUCUCCGGGGGCAGCGACCGUGCAUCAGGAGUUCCCCCAAGCAGCCCCGAUUUCCAGUGUUCUGGGCUGUCAUCAAGCUGAUCCAGAAGACAGGGGCGUGUGGCCUCCAGCCCCUGGAGGCACAAUGGGGCAAAGCCUUUGCAAGGAGCCAAGUGGGGAAUUUUUGAACCUAUAUUCCAAGAACGUAAGACCAGAGGAAAUAGCCGGUUAGGUGUGAAAUAUGGACAUGGUGGGACGAUCGCUUGCUGGCAGUAAAUACUCACGUAUGUGUCUUGUUUUUAUGCCAAGUUGCUGCACCUGGUGUGUGGGGUGCCCAGCAGGAGCUGCCCUCAGAACUGGAGUGUUUCCAGCCCAGCCGUGGUCUCCUACUCAGCCCUUUGGAAUAUGGGUGGUGUGACCUGGGCCAUAGAAUGUUCUUUGUUUGACUUGGACAGGGCACCUUUGUCACCAGACACUUGGCCCCUUUUGAGACCCAGAUGGAUCAGGAAAUCCAAGGACAGGGGGGUGACUGGUGAUGGGGUAGGAUUUCCAGGGGUGGGGGGUUCUCGGCCGAACAGACCUACUCUUCUUUUUCAAAAAGGAAGAAGGACCUUCAGACUAUAGUUGGGCAGAGCGGUCGAGUUCAGACCAGCUGCCAGCAGAUGCUCUUUCCUCUCUGAGAACUUAGGGAUUUUAGAGAUGGUGGCCUCACGCCCACCUGAUCUUCUGACAGUGGGAGGGAGAGGCACGAUUUGCCCGAUUUGCCAGGGAUCACAGGGCACGUGACUGGCACUGUCAGAGCAGGGGGAUGGGCCCCAGUGAAGCACUCCGUUAAGCAAAUCCCUGCUUCUCAGCUGCCCUCGGGGAGAAUGUCCAGAAGGUCUGGAAGCUGUUUGGGGUCAGGGGGUGCACAGGGUGCUCAGACACCUGCAUUUUACACUGGGUCUGGCUCCCACAUUCUCUUGCAGACCUGGAUGUGCUCUGUCCGAGUCAGCCUCCUUAACCUUCCUCCAAGUCAGUGGCUAUGGGGGGGGGGCGGUGUUGGGGGAGUGGGGGUGGUCUCUGGCCAGCAAGGAAGACUCCCGUGCAGACCAGCCCAGGAUGGCAUACCCUAGGGGAUGGGGCAGCAUGGGGAAGGACUUGCUCUACUUCUGUCCUUAGGAAAGGCUUCCGCCCGGUAGCCCCCUUCCCCAGAUAGCUGCCCUGUGCCGAGCAGAGUGGGGGAAGCUUACACGCAGCCUCCCUCGCCGGCGGGCCAGGAGCAAUACUGCCCUUGCUUUCUCCCUGUGCUGUGCAAAAGAGAAUAAAUGGUCCAAACUUCCCCUCAGUGGUGGGGAAACUUAAAAGACUGGAUGGGAAGCCCUGGUGCUGUCUGGGACAAUUGCAAAAAGGUGUCCUGUGUCCCUGUGGUCUCGGGAGACAGGGCUGUUCCUCAUGACAGGCAAAGGGACAUCUUAAUUGUUCUGAGGCAGCCACUCGUCUGCGGGCUUGGUGCUGAGCUGCUGUGAAAACAGGAUUAGCAGCCCAACCUCCAGACCACGCCCGCAGACGGCCGCCACCUCCUAGUAGUCGCGUCUGUCCCUGCAGCCGUGCACACAUCCACCCACGAAGGCUUCAGCUCCAGUGGAAGCCAUGAGUGCAGAGCUGGCGUGACCUUUGCAGAGAGGGAGAAGGGAUGGGGGCCCUUCGGCCUGGGCUCCUUCUGGAAUCACUGACAGGGCCGUGCUCUCGGCAGGACAAGGUCAGGGUGGCAGGGACAGGGGCUGGGCUGGGCUGGGUGGUCAGCCAUUGCGUGCCGGUCAUCCCAGAUGCUUCUCGAGCAAACCCUUCCCUGUCUCAAGCUCCCCACGUGUGCCCCAUGAGCGAGGGCUUUCUGAGACAGGUGUCCUCAUGAGAACCCAAGGAGAAAGUCCAGAGCUGGGGUGGAAGGGACCAAGGUGAUGCUUGGCAUCUUUGUGGGGGUCAGUGCAACC